AUGGGGCGGUGGGGCCCGGCCGGGACCGUGGUGCCGCCGCUGCUGCUGCUGUUUGGGGGGUUACUGGGCCUGGCUGGGGCUUCCGAUCUGCCCCUCGUCACUUGCGGCUCUGUCGUGAAGCUCCUCAACACGCGCCACAACGUCCGGUUACACUCGCAUGACGUACACUACGGGUCUGGCAGUGGGCAGCAGUCAGUUACAGGGGUAUCAGAUGUGGACGACAGCAACAGUUAUUGGCGGAUCCGAGGGAAAACCUCCACAGUAUGUGAGAGAGGAACCCCAGUGAGAUGUGGCCAGUCAAUCAGACUGACUCAUGUCAAUACUGGGCGGAAUCUUCACAGUCACCAUUUCUCUUCACCCCUUUCUGGCAACCAGGAAGUGAGUGCAUUUGGGGAAGAAGGUGAAGGGGACUCUCUGGAUGACUGGACAGUCCUCUGCAGCGGGUCACACUGGGUGAGGGAUGAUGAGGUCCGUUUCAAACAUGCUUCUACCAAUGUGUUGCUGUCUGUUACCGGAGAGCAGUAUGGCCGGCCCAUUAGUGGUCAAAGAGAGGUACAUGGUAUGGCCCAGCAAAGCCAAAACAACUAUUGGAGAGCUAUGGAAGGCAUCUUCAUGAAGCCCAGUGAGCUGCUUUGGACUGAAACCCAUCAUGCUGAGCUUUGAUGGCCCCUCAGCUGGGCUUGGCUCUCCUUGACAAAUAGUGUUGAGUCAUAUCCACUGCUUUCACCACUGGAGCAGUGGCUGCCUUAUCAUCCUUGGGGUGCGGAUCCAACAUGGGAAAUGUCUAAGGUUUUUAAGAGCAGUAGCUCCCUUCCUGCCAACAUGCAUAUAUCUUAUCCUGGACUUGGCUUUCUCUCUUAAAUAUGGGAGUUAUUGCCAGUGGUGGGACUGGUCCUUUCAUCCAUUUAGAAGAUUUUUUGAGGUGGAAGAAAUAACAAAGAAAACAUCUCCUGGAGAUGGGAAAUUUCCCUCAUUUGGGAGCUUUGGCAUAACAAUCCAUUAAUGGGGGGAGUACAGUCUCCAGUAUGUGCUUUUUCUCAGGAGUAAUAAAAAGAAUUUGAUUGUCA